AUGACGACUAUUGCCAUCACUAAAGGAUCAACAAGCUAUUCAACAACAUCCAAUCAUUGUUUCAACAUUGAAUCUCAACAAGACAAGUGUGACAUUAUAGAGUCCUCUUGUCAUGGCUUCGAAGCUAUUUAUCUAAAACUAUAUUAUUGCUUGGGUAUUUGGAAACAAGCUGCAUCUAUUAUUCUUGUAUUAUGUCUACUUGUUCUCUUUGGCUCUAUUAGUGUUGUCGCAUCUGAUUUUUUCUGUCCAAAUUUACAAACUAUUUCAUCUAGACUUCAACUAUCGGAAAGCAUGGCUGGUGUUACUAUAUUAGCCUUUGGUAACGGAAGUUCUGAUCUAUUUAGCACCUUUAGUGCAAUGGAUUCAGAUGCUGGAUCAUUAGCCAUAGGGGAACUUAUCGGCGCGGCAUUUUUCAUUGUUGCAGUUGUAUCAGGUUGCAUGGGCAUUAUUCAACCAUUUCAAUCACAAAGAGUGACCUUUAUGCGUGAUGCCACAUGUUUGUUGGGUGCAGUCUUGAUUAUGGUGUGGAUCAUCUAUGAUCAACGUAUCUAUUGGUAUCAUGGUCUUAUUCUCAUUGCUUACUAUAUAAGCUAUGUUAUCGCAGUUGUAUUUGACGUUGGCAACAGCCACCGCACAAAUCAAGAGGCAUUGAUCGAGCAAAAGUCACUUCAUGAAAGCUGUUUUGCAAAUGAAACUACCCCAUUGUUGCAUAGCGACGUGAUUUCUCAAAACAAAAAGCAGGAUAGGAAACCGCCACGAUUGUCUAUACCAACCUGUGGAUUCUCCAUUCACUCAUCAGAUUCAUAUAGUCAACGACUAGGUCAUGUCAUUCGACCUACAUCUCCAGGAACUACUUCCCCAGUCUCUCCCAUGUCCAGUUCUCGUUUUGUGAGCAGCCUUCCUCGUACAAAAAGCGCUUGUUCUACCAAAACAUACAGACGUCCUAAUACACCAAAAGUUGGGCUUAGACCAUCUGUGUUUGGUGCACUUGAAUUUCAGGAAAGAGUCAAUAUCUUACGACGAGCAAUGAGCUCAACAGUCGUCUAUAAUCCGUCUAUACGUACUGGCCGUCAGACCUCAAUACUGCCUUCCGCUUGGGGAAACCUUCAAAGCUCUAAUUACAGGUGUAGGCCAAGAGCGCUCACUACAUCCUCAUCUGCUCAAGAUUAUUUCACAUACCUUUCCUCACAGGAACAAUCGUCAUCUGCAGGCAUAAAUGCCGAAACUAUUCCGAGACCUUUAGGCAGGCAAUCAUUUUCAGGGUUAACUAUUCCAGAGAUCCGCUUGGCACCACCAUCCAACAGUGAUAUUCACUCUGAUCACGACAAUAGUUUAAACAUGAACACCACACAGUCAUCCCAUCUUCGACAACCUUCGAUAGAUCACAGCAUACUGACGCUUAGCCCGCUCUCUGACAACGAAUCGUUCGUGACAGCUCCACAGAGCUGCUUGGAGCCUUGUUAUGAUCAUUGCACAAGUGUAUGCGCGACAAACAAUCAUGUGACGAUGUGUAUGAAGCAAGAUGAAAGUAUAUUUGAGUCAUCUGAUAUAAAUGAGCAUCUUGUUCACGUUUUAUUUCCUACGCUGCAAGGAUGGCAUGAAAAAACGACAUUUUCCCGCAUAAGUGCUGUUAUAGCAGCGCCUAUCGUUCUGAUUUUUACAUUGACAAUACCAGUGGCAGAAACAAAAGAGAUAAAGGUGGAUGAUGUCGUUGUCCUUGGCGACGAAUCGAGUGAUGUCUAUGAACAGUGUCAUCAGCCGUCUAUUUUGGAUACGACCCAUUAUCUAACGGUGCCUCUUUCUGCAAGCGAUUACUCAAUUACACCUACGCAGCCAGUCAUCGUCACGAAUGAACUGGAUACAAAACAAGGAUGGAAUAAGGAAAUAUUGGCUAUACAGUCAGUAUUUGGUACAGCGUUCAUCUUUAGCUUAAUGGCAGCGCAUGGAAUGACACCUGUAUAUUCUGUUUUCUUGGGCACUUGUGUUGGUGUCGUUGUUGCCUUGUGUAUUCUAAAGUUUACUGAGGCAGAUAAGCCUCCAAGAUGGUUCUGGAUGACAUCAUUUGUUGGUUUCUUUGUUGCUCUUAAUUGGAUCUUUUUGUUGGCUAAUCAAGUCGUCACUUUACUUCAAGUGCUUGGAAAGAUAUUUACAAUGAGUGAUUCAAUCAUGGGCUUAACUGUAUUUGCACUGGGUAAUAGUAUUGGUGAUUUUGUAGCAAAUACAUCCAUUGCCAAGAUUGGAUAUCCGACAAUGGCCAUUUCUGCAUGUUAUGCAGGUCCACUUUUAAGUAAGGACAUGUGA